AUGUCCCGCAAGAAAGCUACAGCUACCCAGAAGGGUAAGAGAGCGACAGGUGCGGCCACUAGCCGCACUCGGCAGGCUACGAGGGCUCGAGAUGAGAUUCAGAGUGAGGGGCCGUCUGAGACAUCGCAUACCCCGCCUCUAGCACCUGCCCUAGCUCCUCAGCUGGAAGCACCGGGCCAGGAUGUGCGGGAUGCUAUACAGUUAUUAACCAGAUUAGUAGCUGCCCAGGUUCAGUGGGGAGAUAAUGCCCCUCCAGCUGUUUGGCGAGAGUUCUCAGAUGCUUUUAUUCUCCAUUAUCUACUCUUGAGAUAUGCUCCAGCCAUGGUGGCUGAGAUGGAGGAUAGCGUUCAUCGUUUUGUGGCUGGUCUAGGGCCACAUUUGAUAGAUGCUUGUACGAUUGGCCGCAUUACACACCGCAUGGAUAUCUCCGGUAUACAGGCAUAUGCACAGAAUCUGGAAGAUCGCAAGCGUCAGAGGAGGACAGAUCGUGACCGUGAUCGGGGCCAUGGAAAGAGGGCCAGGACUUUAGAGAUCGGGGGUGAGUCCAGGGGAGGACAGAGACCGCAGUAUUCUCGAUAUCCAUUCCAUUCAGCAGGGAGUGCACCUCCGCGAUUUUCAGGUCCAGGGUUUGAUCAGUCUUCUUAUUCGGGAGCGGGCCAGAGUUCUAGAGCAUCAGGCUCUCAGUACAGACCGGAGUCAGGCCAGAUGAGGCCCCUUUUGCCCCGGUGUGCCCAGUGUGGCAAGUUACAUGCCGGUCAGUGCCGGCUGGGCUUAGAUGUUUGUUAUGCUUGUGGCCAGCCAGGUCAUAAAGUGCGGCAGUGCCUGAUGAGAGAGAGUGGGGGUAUGGUUCAGCCCACAGGGUUCGUGGCUAGUUCUUCUUCUAUGGUGCGCCCUUCAGGGCAAGUUUCUCAGACACCAGCAGAAUGA